GCGGUGCGCUCGGAUCUGGCCUCGCAGAUGUCGCUCCGCGCCGCGCUUCGGGCCGCUGCCUCGCUGGCGCGCUGCACUCCGGGGCUGCUCCUCCCGCCGCCGCCGCCCCGUCCUCCUUCGGCCGGCAUGGCCACGCUGAACCAGAUGCACCGGCAGGGCCGCCCCGCGCCCCCUCCCCGCAAAGCGGGGCCCACGCUGGGCCGGCCGCAGAUCAAGGGCGUGGUGCUGAAGAACCUGAUCCGAAAGCCCAAGAAACCCAACUCGGCCAACCGCCGGUGCGUGCGGGUGCGGCUCAGCACCGGCCGUGAGGUGAUCGCCUUCGUGCCCGGCGAGGGCCACAACCUGCAGGAGCACCACAUGGUGCUGGUGCAGGGCGGGCGCACCCAGGACCUGCCCGGCGUCAAACUCACCGUGGUGCGCGGAAAGUUUGACUGCGCACACGUGCAGGCCAAGAAAUGAACGGGGACCGCGGCCUGGGGGUCCCGGGAAUGCGCCCGGCCUGGGAUGAGGCUCCCCAGGACCCUCAGGGGGAGCCUCAGGUGGGGUGACCCCAAAACCUCCCCAGAAUCACCCAAAAGCCAGCCCAAACUCAGGGUCACCCACGCGCUGGCCCUGGGGUUUUUAUGGAUUAAAAUUUGGUGGUGA